UUUGGGUCUGUGUGCUUGCUUGUGUGUGUGUGUGUGUGUGUGUGUGUGUGUGUGUGUGAGUGAGUGACGGCAUGCAGCUCCUCCCUGCUCACGCUUCCUGCUUCAGCUGCUCACUGGCUGGAUUUUUUGGGGGUGGAGCUCUCUGCUGCCUCCAUUGCUGCAAAGACGGGGUGAGAAGCAGAGAAGAGAGAGAGAGAGAGAGAGAAGCAGAGGUAGGGGGAGGGAGGGAGUGAGACAGAGCGAAAGAGGGAGCAGAGCUGCAUCAGGGCCACAGUGAAGGAGGAAAGCUGCUUGCCUGCAUUCGGGCGUGGGGCUCCCUCAUUUACAUUCCAGACACCGCCGCCUCUCUGGGGGAUUUGCACGUCUUCGGGGCUCCGUGCACCGCUGUCUGUCUGCAGCUCUCUCGACUAGUCUCCACAUUCCGUGAUUUUAGUAUCGUUAUCACUAUUAUUAUUUUCGUGUCAGUGAAGAGAACUCUUUCCGCUGGUUUACCCUGCUGAAGUUGUCAUGAAGAGCUGCAUCUCUCGCCUCGGGGCCGUCUCGGAGAGCGGAGCGCCAGCUCCGUCUGCCCGGCUCCCCGGCCAUGCCUGAACGCUCCAGCCACCGCUGCCGUCACCGUGGUGACACCUUCCUCCUCUAACAGGCCAGCGGCUUCCCCUAACUGAGAAGAUAAGGUAUCCGUUUGGAUUCUCCGUCCCGCUGUUCUCUCCCUCUGCCCUUGGCUGGCACCAGGCCGUGGUACUGCCGCGCGAACUCCCGGAGGACGCAGUCGGGCCAGGACUGCCACCGCAGCCUCCAGCCCGGCACCUGCUCCUCACUUGCUCCUGGGAAUGCGCCGGUCCUGUGGGGGGGCCUCCUCUCCGGGUCUCGCUGCAUCGCUGCUGACAUGGCAGGUGCCGUAUGCGCCUGCAUCUGCGGACUCUCGCUGGGGCACGUCAGCUGUCAGGAUUUGCUGAGAAAGGAAGAGGAGAGGUAGAGGCGGGGGAGAGAAACAGACUCGCAAGGAGGGCCGGGGGGGGGUGGGGCAGGAGUGCGGGCGGUUUCCAGGGCACCCGAAGUAAAAUCCCCUUGCCAAAAAAUGAGAACUGGGGAGAGCUAAAGACCCACCUCAGGAUGAACUCUACUGUGGAUAUGAACCAGAGCAGCGUGCCGUUUUGUCUUUUGGAUGUGGGCUACUCUCAUUUCUUUGAUACUUGCAUCCUGGAGAUGGCUAUUAUUCUCUUCCUCACCAUCCUCAUCAUCUCCGGAAACCUAGUGGUGAUCUUUGUCUUCCACUGUGCGCCGCUGCUCAACCAUCACACCACCAGCUCCUUCAUCAAGACCAUGACGUACGCUGACCUGCUGGUGGGGGUAAGCUGCCUGAUCCCUUGCCUGUCCCUGCUGCACUACUUGGAGGGUCUGGACGAGGAGCUCACCUGCAAGGUGUUUGGAUACAUGGUGUCCGUGCUGAAAAGCGUCUCGAUGGCAUCGCUGGCGUGUGUCAGUGUGGACCGCUACAUUGCUAUCACACGGCCGCUCUCCUACGCCACGCUGGUGACGCCCUGCCGGCUCCGCGUGUGCAUCACUCUCAUCUGGCUCUACUCGAGCCUCAUCUUCCUGCCAUCCUUCUUCGGCAUGGGCAAGCCCGGCUACCACGGCGACAUCAUUCGGUGGUGUGCCGAGUCAUGGAGGACCAAGCCUCCCUUUACCUCCUUUAUUGUGGCGCUGCUGUACGCGCCGGCCGCCUCCACGGUCUGCUUCACCUACUGCAACAUCUUCCGCAUCUGCCAGCAGCACACUCGUGAGAUCAGUGAGCGCCGCGCCCGCUUUGGCCCACAAGAAGGUGCCACUGGCGAGGGCCAGGCCUGCACGGACAAGCGCUACGCCAUGGUGCUCUUCCGCAUCACCAGCGUCUUCUACAUCCUGUGGCUGCCGUACAUCAUCUACUUCCUGCUGGAGAGCGCAGACAUCUACCGGAACCCAAUGGUCUCCUUCCUCACCACCUGGCUGGCCAUCAGCAACAGCUUCUGCAACUGCCUCAUCUACAGCCUCUCCAAUAGCGCCUUCCGCAAGGGUCUCAAACGCCUGUGCUCCUUCUGCCUGCGCCGGGUGGAGAGCAAGAAGCCCCCAGGAAUACACGAGGGCGCCGCCGGCCCUAGGGCCACCUGUCACGUAUGAGCCAAGCCAGGGAUUCUGGGCUUUCCAGGAGUCAAUGGUUCUGGAAAUAGGUUGGCAGAAGUCGUCCCGUCCUUAGGCUGCUGGGGGAGUAGCCGUGCACCCCAGUCAGAAGCAGGAAGUCGGGUGUUGGAUGGGCUCGAACCGCCUGAACCGAGGGGGCGAAGAUCACAGCAUCGGGGAGUUUAUCAUGAUGUACUUUCAGUAGUCCUUCUCAAACAAUAGUCUUCUGCAAAAAAACAAGCUACCGUCUACAAGUAUGUCUUAGCAUUGUGUGAAACAUCCUCGUUUCAUUGCCAGGCGAAAGACAAUGUUUGACAGCAGAGUGCUACUCUCCAGGACACUUUUGCAUCGGAUGGAAUAUUUAGUUGUUUAACUUCAAAACAACUUAUUGUGAUGGCUUUAAUGUCUUCAUCUGUGUACUUUUCCAAGGUUUCAUUCACAGAUGUUUUGUACCCAUUUUUUGUUUCACGGGGCAUGGCUGUGAAGCAUACCACAAGCACGUCGGGCUCCACAAUAAGGGAUGUGAAAUCCCUACUGCUCGGCGAAGGACGGGAAAACAUUUGGCAGAUUUUUUUAUUUUAUUUUAUUCCAAGGUAUUGCUGGCCUGGACCUGAACACAUAGCACUGUUAGGGGUUAGGAUAGCUGUUAUUGUUUACAGAGUGUUGUGUUUCAGAGGAAGGUUACCUUUGACUGCACUAAUGUUGUCCCCUCGUCUUAAGCAUGCUGUGCUUUAUGCUGGCUGGAACCCUGUAUUUGGUUUGCGUUAGUAACGAUCCAGGAACGUCUCAGAGGAAGGAGAAAUGUUUAUUUGUUUAGCUGUUUAUCUCGGAACAGCUUCUAGCUGACCCAUGGCUGGUGACUUGCACCACAAGGUCUUUCUGUAGAAUCUUAUUGACUUGCUCUCUCAAAUGGGAGUUUAUUUUCUGCCCGUCAAUAUGUCAAGCUUUGGGGCGACGUUGCGUCAUCGCCCUUUUGCGUGCCGCUUUCCGACCCGCGUUUACGCUGCAAAUUUAAUCAUGAGGGCCGAGGCUGUUUUUCUGAGAAGAUUUCUGAAUGUGUUGAUGGCCAGGCGGAGUCUGGAUUGCCCACAAUUCAUAUUGUGAAAGUGCUUUUAUCCGUGAAGGCUUUAUGUAGCACGCGUCAUGGCUGAAAAGGCAGCAUUUCGGACAAUUCUCUCAGCCGACACGCAACCGAUGGAACAGAUGCAUGACAGGGAGAGAUGCUGAGGGUUGAAUUGCAGCUGAACAGUGUAUUUGCCGCUCAUGCAGACAUUCUGCCUUUGAGUCUGCCUUGCAUGUUGAGAAGCGACUAGACGACUAGACUAGUGGGCAGCCAACUCAGAGCUGGAGCCGCUGUUACACAGGCAUGCCCAUGCCGGCACUGUCCAGUUAAUGCUUGGCUCCACUCUCAUUCAUUGGCAGUCUCGACACCGGACAGGUUGUAUGUAGGUCUCUGGCGAGUGAAAGGCUCAGGCAUGGUUGGGUCCAACGUGCCAUAUGAGCAGGACGCUGCCGUACCCAGGCAGCUUGAAGCCAGUGAUUCACGCUCGCGUCUUUGUGUGGAAACGGGUUACUGAUAAGGAGGGGGGGGGGCGGCAUUAAUUCCACAUUAACGCCCCGCUGAGUCUCGGCUCUACAACAGAGUACCUAUUGCUGUACUGAAAUCCUAUUUUAGCCUGGUGCUCGUCAUGAUUAAGUGCACGAUAGUAUUACUCUUUUUUUUUAUAGACCAAAGUUGAUUAUUUAAUACUGAGAGGUUUUUUAUUUCUCCUAAAAAUUGUACUUGGAGAGGAGAAUGUGUAGUUACCUUCCAGUGUGUGAUGUUUAAUGACUGAUAGACUUUAAUCAUGACUCCUUCUCAGGCCUCUGAAUGCAAUAUUGUUGCAUAGACACCUCCUCUUUCAUUGUCUUCUCCAGAAGGGUUUAAUUUAUUGUGAUACUUUAGGCACCUUUGAAUGCGACUGAUG